CCUUGUCCCAUUCCUUCACUCUUUUAUAGCAUCUCUAUAUCCCAAGACCUUCAUCUCUCAGCCUUUGCACCUACAAAAACACGACAAACUCCUCUUUAUACCCAUCUUUGUUCAACUUCAAGACCAUCGUCCACAUCCAAACAUCGCCAGCCAUGUCUGCUUCUCGUCAAAUCAUGAAAUGGAGCCCCCAAGUCCACCAAGACAUCCUCAUUGCCACCUUCUGCAACCUGAGCCUCUCUUCCGAGCAAUGGGCCAAAGUCAUGGCCGAUCUCAGCAAGAUGGGCUACACCUUUUCCGAGGGCGCGCUUCGGUACGUUGAUGCAUGUAUUUUGGGCCAAUGGCAUUUCACCAACGGCUGCUCACCCAUGGCAACGAGGCCUCGCUUGAUCGGCCUGCAUUCAACACCCCUGGCACCUGUGCUUCACUCUGCCAGCUGGGGCGGAGAAGAGAAUGCGUAGCAGAGUAAAAAAAAAAAGACGGGCAGUACUGCUCGCCCAUUUGCGGCACUGCAUUCACUCUUAUCUGACCUGUGCACUACUCCAUCCCCUUACAUAUCUAUGCACCACACUCUCUCCAUCUUGUCACACACUUCUCUCUCUUCGGCACUCACUCAUCAUCCCAAUCAUAUCAACCAUCUCCAUCCAAGUGUCUCAACCUUUUUCUUUCCCCACUCUUCAUCAGUCAAAAGUUCAUUCUUUGCCAUCCCAAGCUAC